AUUAUUAUGAACCAUAGAGUCAUGGAAUCUGGGUCUAUGACCAGUUCACUACCUUUGUACCUUGGACGAUCUUUUGUAUGUUAUCGAGAUGUGAAUAAAGCAAUUGAUCAGCAUAGAGAGCUGUUUGGUUUAAAAUUGACUCUAAAAAAGUCAGUGAAACUAGAAAACUCUGACCUCACUGCUGAACAGAUAAAGCAUUUGAAUCAUCGCCUCAAGUAUGGUGUCCUGGAUUACAACUGCACAAUAGAUAAUGGUCGCGUUGGAAGGCCAGGAAAUGAUGAGAGAUGCGACUUGAGUGUGAGUCUACGCAUAAAUUCAGAUGGGACUGAAUUGGUUGUACAAGAUACCCACAUUCAUGAGUUUAACAACAAGAAGGGCUUUGGAAAGGCAGUACCAACUCCAACACCCAAUGUCAUGGCUAUGGCUCCAUUGUCAAGCACGAGAAGCAUUCCCAAAAGUGAUUCCGAAGUUUUGACAGACCUCUCAUCAUCUCUGAACCCAGCUUUACUGGCAGCAUCUCUUGCAGCUGCAGCUGCAGCCGCAGCAGGCCCUAGUGCUCUUAGUCCUCAAGCAUGUGCUUUGUUGAACUUACCUAAUAUGGCAAGAGUAGCGUGCCCUGUUAAAUCAAACCCCGUAACUAACGAUUUCUCUCAGCCCGCACCUUCAGUGAUGUCUUCCACUCCUGCACCUAAAAGUGCUACACUGCAAACUCUUGGCAAAAGCAGCAGCACUCCAAUGAUGUACAUGUCUGUCGCAUCACCACUGCCAGGCCAACUUCUCAUACCAUCUUUCUAUUCAUCCAAAUCUCCAUCUGGUAACAUAACCUUCAAUUCUACUGGCAGUAGAAACUCCCCAAUGAUUAGCAACUCUGCCCGAACUAACCUUAUAAGUAGUAAGCCGCACUUCAUGAGUACCUCAAGUUCUAACGCAAACACUACGGCAAAUGCUCACUUGUUGUUGCAUUCCAACAAUCCUACACUGCCAGGCAGCCGGCCUCCCGGUCAGGAGAAAUUGACCAUGAAGUUCAAGAAGUCACAGUUCUCACCCAAUGAAAUGGUUGUCGUGGGCAGUGCCCGAGACGCAUUGGAGCGACAGGACUACCAGCAAGUGGAUCGAGUGACUCCAAAGACUCACACCAAGAAAACACCAGGCUAUGGUCCAGACACAUGUACGGGUGGUCGCAUCAAAGCUGUAAUAGCACACCUGCUUGAAAAAGUCAACAAUUCCAACAACAGCCUCUCCAUCACCCAAGUCCUCUCGCCUAUUGCUUCAUCUAAGCCAAAGUCUCAGUCACUAUUGCUUCCAAAACAGACGAAACAAUCAAAUAUUCCCACCUCUUCUGCACCUGCCAUUCUCAACGAAAAUCCAGGGACGGUGUUGCUUGCUGGUCGCCUUGUUCCUGCCGGCAUCACGCUCACUCCCGCGUCUAGCUCCGCCCCUGCUGCUAUCCAAACAUCUCAAGUUCCUGGCAAGCAACAAACCGCUGCUCCACCCGCAUCAUAUAACAUCAAACGACUUCAAGAUAAAAUUCGGGCAGAGAAGGCUGAAAAAGCGGCUAUGAAGGUCAAAGCCAAGUCAAAGCAAUUGUCUUAUCUUCACAGCAACAAGCCUCCUCGCUCCGUUGGCAGACCUGUGGGCAGCACAAACUCAGCUCGCGUCUCCACGAAAAUCAGUAAUUAUACCGAUGAGAAAGUUGCAGGGGCACUGAUUAGUAGCAGUAGCAAAGCAGCGCUGAGUGGUACUCAGGUCAACCGCAAGAUGCGCAAGUGCCGUCAACGCCCUGGCCCUGUUGCUGAUGGAAGUUCAGUGAAGCAACAGAGAGCCCAGCUCGACAACCCCGACAAGCUCCUUCCUAUUGACACAGAGCUUGGCGAGAACACAAAGCAACGCCUGGCACAGCGCGCUCUAGUCCAGCUACUGAGAACUGUCACGCGUCUGCCGAUGGUACAGUUCUGCCACGCCAUGGACACCUUCGCUACUCUCAAUGACGCGUUGCGCCUCAAGCAGCGCGUCGAACUCUCACUACGCAGCCCACAAUCCGAAGAUGAUGGAUCGUUCACGCUGCUUGGCUGUAACGUUGAAGAUGAUCUCAGCAUAAGCCAGAAGAGGAGGAGGAUGCUGGAACAAGUGUCAUUUGCAGACUCGGAUCUCAAAGGAGCUGAAGGCCUCGUGCCGUUAGCUGACACAUCCGACGAUGUAGUCGUCUUGGCGUCUUCGGUCGCUAACAAAAUCAACGCACAAAGCGAAGUAAUUGACCUCGUUGAUGAUAACAUUUCGAAACAGAAACUCGGUGUCAACAAGAACUAUGGAGGAGAGAACGGCACUGACAAACGAAAGCACGAUGCCCCUGACGAAAGUUCUGGAAACAAGCGCAGCAAAGAGUCUUAAAUUUAACCUUCUAUGUUAUCAGUCCCACUGGAACGACAUUGAUUUAGCCUUAUUUUUUAAUCCCUUGAUUCUCUGUCAUACUCCCGAUUCAUUUCUUCUAUGCCCUUUAAUAGGAGUGUUGUACAGGAGAAAAGUUAAUUUGCUGAUUUUGAGGACUUCAAUACGCAGUUUUUUUCAAAGCGGGUUUGUUCGAUAGAAAGAUUCCAACUAUGGGGUAUGUACGAUUUGUAAAUUCAAUGAUUACUUCAAAUGUUUCUCUAUUUUUAAUUUUCUUGCUACCCAAAUUACUGAUGAAGUGAUUUUCUAGCUAUUAGUAAAUUCUAAAUGCAUCAGUAACUAAUGUUAAGGUUGGAAGAUUACAAAAUUAUUCAUGGAUUUUCGUGGUUAUAUUUCAAAAUGACUUGUCUCAGCCAAGUUUCACCGUCAUUUUGUAAUGGAGCAAAACUCUAUUUAUGGAUCAUAUUCUGCCAGUGUCGAUAUUACAUCAAGCAUUUAACAUAACAAUGCCACUUGUAAAUAAUCUCGAACGGAACUUGUGAGGGCAUUCAAAAGUGAAGCUUAUGACUAAUCAUGAAAUAUUUAUCAUCCAGAUUUCACUAGUAAUACGUUUAUUGGUACGGUAUUUCUCGUAAUAGGAACGACUUAGAAUUAUUCCUCCGUGUCAACGUUCCAAUGAAUGUAGUGUGUAGCAGUGAUUAUGUUUCAUAUUUCAUCUCGGUAUUGUACUCUUUGUAAUUCUUGAUUUUCCUCGAUGACUAGUUCAUGAGUUAGAAGAAGUAGGGAGAUUUCAGUGUGCACAGUUGAAGCACUGAUUAACUAGAUUCGAGUUUGUCUAUAGAGUUCCAUUUAAUUUACGAUGAUGUCCGCGUUUCGUUUCGUUUGGAUUCUGAUUUAGGAUUUGUCGGCCUUUUGAUGCUUGUAGCUUGCAUUUAUUUGUAUAAGUAUGAAAAAUAAUUCAUGGCUGUUAAAUAACAUUGGCCUUCUGUUCAAGUGCGCGAAUUCGUGCUACCGAGCACGACCUACUUGGGCUGUAACUCUGGUGGUUGAUCACUGAGCUUUAGUAUUAACCAUGCCAACUUUAGGUGCUAGUCGAGUUGCUCUGUGCGAUCGUGAAUAAGAGAAAAUAGAUAAGAUAAAUCAUUCUCUAAAGUUAUACGGCAAAGUUUCCUUCGGCUGCGUUGUACUGAUCCGCAAAUUUUUCGUGGCAUGACGUGCGUGAGACUCCGCACAAAUGAACUUGCCGAAAUAGGACACAGAUUCUUUGGAUGCAUGAUGUAUUACCUGCACCGAUAUUUUUAUAAAAUAUAUAUUUAUUGAUACAGAUGGGAUUUAAGGACAUGAAACUAGAAUCCUUACUCUGAUUGGUCGUUACAUAUUUGUAAACUUAGCAUCACACGUGCGUUCAACAAUGGUUUGAAAUUUUGCCUGAGUUCUGCAAUUCAGGAGGUUAAUGAAUCCUUUUAAUUUAAAUUUCGCACUUAGGAUAUAUUAUCUCGUGGCGCAAUUUUCCUUACAGAUUGUUUUACGUAUUGUAUGGUAUUGUUUCUGCUUAGUUGAAUAUAGGUUGUCGUUUCUAAUCUUAACGUACUGCUCACUGCCAUGCUGUGCUAGCUCGAGAUGAGAAGAAUUCGGACUAAUCCACGGAGCUGUAAUUUACAUUUAACUAUGCUUCCAGUCAUUCCAAGAUUGUGACUUGAUGAUGGAUAGAUAAUAUUUAGAUUUAUGGUAACCUAUUGUUCUAUCGUUGCACAUCCUUGCUGAGGAAUAAUCGUUAAUUCUUAUGCAUAAUAAUGACCUUUUUCAUCUUAGCUCCGAAUUUGGCACCUUACUGUAAACUCGUUAAAAUUUUAACAUUUUCAGUAUGGAGAUUCUCACUAAUUCAUCAAACUUUGAUGUCACCCACGUGGUCAUCAGUCAAGCUUUCGAUUACUUUGAAGGUAAAUGAAUUAAAUUUUAAUCAUAUCGAGCUUCAUGUGGACAUUUUCAUGUGUGCCUUGUUGUCGGAUUGAAGUACUGUAGUAUCGUUAGUUUUAUAUGUAAUGGUCAGUAAGGGAAGGAGAGUUAGUGUUUAUCAGCUUUCACAAGCGGUGCUACCGUGUAUAAAAUUAGGAAAUUAGUGCGAUGUUAGUUAACCUUUACGCGCGCAGUAUUUGUGUCGUUGAAGUUUCAGGAAGGAAAUGUACUCGGUUUAAAUGUCACGCAACUUCAGAAAAUCCCUGUCAAGAGUAAGGAGCUAAAUUAUUUAUAGUUUUCUUAAGGAGUUUUGUGCUUGUUUAAUUAUGGGAAGUCUGAUUUAAGGUGAACUUAAUAUUAAGCCAGUGUAAUGUGUACGGAAUAUUCUUAAUGAUUGUCUAGCCUCAUUUUAACUUAACAUGGAAAGAGCUUCUGGUGUUACAAUCUUGCUUUUGAAAUGCAUAAGCAGUGUUUAUCGAGUUGAUAUGUAUAUUAUUUCUUGUUUUAGGUACACUCGUCUAAUUUUGCCACAUUUUUACCUUCUUUAUUCAAAAUCUGGAGAAGCUAAAAUCGUGUAUUAUAUGCGAACCAUAACAAACUUUAUUAGUCUAAAAUUUUAACAUCUUUGUUACUCGUCGAGGGAUUCUGAUCGUUUUCCUUUCUAUUUUGUAAAAGUUUUUCAUCAUAUUUUACUCCCACUCUCGGCAUGCUGCGUUUCAUGACGACUUCUAUGAGCUCCGCUAGGACGUAUAACAUAACUUACUUUAUAGUUUAUUUUCCUGGAGACACGCUUUUGUAUGUUCAACUGAACCUCAAAUCCAGCAUAACUACAGCUUCGCGUCAGUUUCCUUAUCACUGCAUUUUACGUACUUAAUUUAGUUGUUUUAUUUCAUUGCCAUCACAUCGUGCGUGAGCGCAUGCAUCGGACAUGGCAAUAAUGUGUCAAUGUGUGCCCCAAACAGUGAGCGCUGUAGAGCAAUUAUCUUGGUUAAUUUUUUUAUUUGGUGCAGCAGCUUGCUAAUUCUUGAUCUGUUUAGUAUUCAGAUGUUUCUUUUAUUUUCUUUCAUGCAAAAUUAAAAGCAUCAUCACACGUUGUUUCAGUGAUGAAGUCUCAAUUAUAGGUAUUGCUGGUAUUUUUUUAACCUCGAUAAAGCCGCCUUGUAACCGAUACAUUUUUUCAACUUUGAAUGGUAAUACGUGUGCAUUCAGGUAAUAAAAUUCACUAAUUGUGUA